CAUCAACAGCAGCACAGGCAACAGCAUCAUCAUUCCAGCCAUCGGCAACGCCAGGAGCACAGCCCACCCUCGGUGGGAGCCUCCCCUUUCGUCUUGCCGUCGUCGAUGACGCAGACCCCCAGCAUGCAUCUGCUGGAGAACAACAACCUGGUGGAGGUUGCGAUGGCCCAGCAGCAGCACCAGUCUCAACAGCAGAUGCAGCUCCAACAGAAGCAAAAACAGACAAGCCCGACGAACAACAACACCAUCGAGGCAUGGAGAUCCAUCCAGGGUGGACACCAAUGGUGGAGUCCGCCUACCAGCGUUCAUCAGGAGCAGCAGCAAGUGUCGCCCAUCGGGCAGGUGGCUCAGCAAAGCCUCGUCGCUGGCUCGGUGUGUGGACAGGUCCAAAGACAGUCGCAGAUCCAGUCUGAAAUCGAUCAGCCGCUGGACUUUUCGGUCGGUUCGCUUCAGCAGCAAAGGCUGCAUUCGCGCGUGAGGACUAUCCACGAGAGGCUGCAGAGUAGGAUGCACGAUAACAACAAUGGCACCGGCGGCGUGCAGAAGAUCGUACGGGGUACCGGCAGCAGGAGAAGUUACAGCCCCAGCGAGGGUAGCAGCAGCAGCAGCGAGGACGAAGGAGUUUCCACUGGCGGCAGCCCUUCAGGACCUCUUCGCGGUACCGAGAACGACUCGUGCGAACCCGUUGCGGACCGACCUUACGGUAAAGUUUGGAUAGGCGAUAACGAGGUCGCGUGGCGGACCGAAUCUUUCAAGAGGACUUCACCCCUAAAUCCCUGCGCCACCACGACUACCACGACGACGACAGGUGGCGGAACACCGGCACACCCCCACCUGUCACCACCCACGGCCGCCCCCGUGACCAGUCCCGAUCAUAGAAGCCCCAGUAGCCUCCACGUGAAACUUGGAAUAUCACCCGCCAGCGACGCGCUCGGCCGAAUCGAUAAGGAGCCAGCCUCGCCGGAAUCCAUACAAGACGCGGAUCUCCAUGGCGAGGUGGACGGCCCGGAGCUCAGCGGCGAUGACAGAAGUAUCGCCAGUGACAUCCAGGAUGCCACCGAGGCGAACCUCGACCAUGAUUCCAUGGACUCGGACAGGGAAGCCCUCAAUCUGGUCACGGAUGUGUCGCAUCGCAAUAGCAGCAGCGGCACCAGCGGCAGCGCCUCCUCGCCCAGUUCCGGGGUUAGCAGCCAGAUAACCGGAAGCCAUCAGCAGCAACAGCACACGGCCAGUCAGCAGAACAGCAACAACUCGCAAGCGGUGCUCGCUGCUCAGUUGGUUGGUCAACAAUUGCUGAUGCACGGCACGCUGGGCACUCUUGGACCGCAGGAGAUCCAAACGUUGGCCUCGAUGCUUCAGCCGCAGCCUCAGUCGCUGCAGCAACAGUUGCAGUUCGCCAUGUUCCAACAGGCCAAUCCCGCGGCGGCGAACCAGGCGCAGUUCUUCUUGCAGAAUCCGGGGCUGUUGCAGAGCGGUGGCUACGCCUCAAGACCCAGUCAUCCGCGCUCACAGUCCAUGCAGGUGCAGGCAGUGGCGCAGGCGGCCCAGCAGCAGUUGCAAGCCUUGCAGAAGCAGCAGGCCCUCCAGGGCGGCGGAGGGUUGAUUGGUCGAAGUUUGGCGCAACAAAGGUCACCACCGCCGCCUGGCACGCCGCCAGCGGUCAAGCAACCGCCGACCAGGCUGGAACCCUCGCCGGAAGAGACGACGGACCUCGAGGAACUCGAGCAGUUCGCCAAGACCUUCAAGCAGAGGCGGAUCAAGCUAGGUUUCACUCAGGGCGACGUUGGCCUCGCCAUGGGGAAACUCUACGGCAACGACUUCUCCCAGACGACGAUCUCUAGGUUCGAAGCGUUGAACCUCUCGUUCAAGAACAUGUGCAAGCUGAAGCCCCUCCUGCAGAAAUGGCUGGAAGACGCGGACAAUUCCUUGAACAACCCGAACUCCCUUUCGAACCCACUCACCACACCGGAAGCCAUCGGCAGGCGGCGGAAGAAGAGGACCUCGAUAGAGACCAGCGUGAGAGUGGCGUUGGAAAAGGCGUUCGUACAAAACCCGAAACCCACUUCGGAGGAAAUCACCCUAUUGGCCGACAGCCUGGCGAUGGAGAAGGAAGUCGUUCGGGUGUGGUUUUGCAAUAGACGGCAGAAGGAGAAGAGGAUCAAUCCGCCGACAGCAGCGAUGGGCAGCCCGACGAUGGCGUCUCCCGCUCCGUCCGUGUUCGCGUCGUUGGCAAGCUCCAUGUCCGGGAGUCCUCUGGCCCUGACGACGCACUCCUCCAGCAUGGGCCACUCCCACCCUCACGCGACGCCUCUCGGCUCGCCGCUACCCUUGGCCCUGGUGGCCUCAGCAGGUGGAAAUUACCACCCGCUGAGCGGCAAGUCCCACGAGUGACACCAGCAGC